UGAAGAUGAAGUUUUGAGAUUAUUAAUAUCAAAAUUAUCUCAUAUGGAUCGUCUAUCCUGCCAAUACAUCAAGAAAGAUGGUUCAACUCAUAUGGAUCAUUUAUCUUGCCAAUAUAUCAAAAAAGAUGGUUCGAUUUGUGGGAAAGGGUGCUGGCGUGCUUCAGGAUGUGCUAUACACUAUAAAAAACGUUCUAAAAAAUUAUGUCUUAUCUGCAAUAAGUUAACCAAUUCUUAUACCGGAAUCUGUAGCACACAUGGUAGAAUUUAUGACCGUGCUUGGUGCGAAAAUAAAAAAAAUAAAACAGAAUCUGAUGUAGUUAAGAUACUUAGCUGA